CACUCGGCCCGCGACGAUCCAGACCCACUCGCCGCCGGCGCCGCCCUCCCCACCUCGUCUCGCCGGUCCGCCUCCUUCCUUCCGCGCCGUCGCCGUCGCGGUUGGUGGCUGCGGCUUGGCGUGGCAGCUAGCUAAAUGGGGAAGAAGCGCGGCGGCCACGGGGCGGCGCCCAGGGGCGGGAACCAGGCCGUGUCGCUCCGCGAGGAGAGCUCCGGGAAGGCGCGCGCCGACGCGGCAUCCCUGCUGAGGGUCCGGCACCUGCAGCGGCUGGCGGCUUGGGCGGGCGGGGAGGCCGGGGUUGGAUCCGUCGGCGCCCUGCUGGGGCGACGCCUCGCCGCCAACGCCGAGGCGGCCGGGGUUUCUGUGGGCGCCUCCACCUUCCAAUGCCAGAGGUGUGAAACAGUAUUGCAGCCAGGCUUCAACUGCACGAUUCGGAUAAAGAACAACAAAAGAAAAGCAAAGCGCCGCAAAAAGUUAAACACUUGCCAGAACAGCAUUUCUUAUUUGUGCCAUUUCUGUGGAGAUCAAAACCUAAUAAGGGGCAGUGGAAAGAAUAUUGUGAAGGGCUUGUUAUCAUCAAGAAAGCCAGUUAGCAUGGACAUAACCAGCAUAACGUUGAAAGGGGACAGAAGUAACAAGAGAUCAGUAAGCGUAAAAGAGGGCAUUGAGUAUUCUCAAGCAGCAGUCUCACAACCAGAGUCAUCAUCUCAGAUGAAACAACCAACUCAUCAAAAUAAUGAGCAUGAGGAGAGGCCACUACCUGAUCUUCUUGAUGAAUGUAUGGAGAAAGAGGUAGCGUCUUCAUCGGUAGAACCCAAUCAGUCAGCAGCUGCUACUGAUCAGGAGGAUGUCUCACAGAAAAUGAUAGUUACAAGCACAAAUGAAAGUAUGCAUGAAACUGAGCCUGUUUCUGCUAACAAAAUUGAAAUGUGUCAAUCCGAUGUUCCUUUGAAGGCAGAAUUUCCAGUUGGAUCAAGUUUUGUUACUCCUCAAAAGAACAAAGUGAUGGAUGUGAAGGGCCCUAAAGGUUCUGCAGAAGCACCCAAUACAAGAGGCCUUCAGAACAAGAAAGGGGAGAUGUCUGGUUCUGUUACUGGCAAGGCCCCUACAGUGCCUACCAAGUCUGCUACAAAUCAGGGUGGGAAAAACGAUCGAUCUGUAGCCAGUGGUUCUACUCAGGCGUCUGCUAGUUCGAGGAAGCGGACAAGAAAAGGGUGGACUACGCUAAAACAGAUUGCUGAGAAGGAAGAGCUUGAGAGAAAAGAGAAGAUGGGUAACUUUGUAAUCCCAUUCUUUAUGCAAUGAUAGAUCUUACAGUUUGCGCUAAGUGUAAACUUCACUGUUGGCGUAUUUGUUGACACUAGCUUAUAAAAUUUUCAUCAUAUUUUUAAUUACUAAAUUUUCAUGCAUCACAGAUAUGCACAGAGGCUAAGAGCAAAAACACAAUGCAGAAAUGGAUUGAGAAUGUGCUUCA